AUGGCCCCGUUGCCUCGCCUCGUCGCUGCUGUCGCCGCUCUGCUGCUGGCCGGCGGCGCUGUGGCAGACGAGCUCUACACACCUAAACAUGAAGCCGGACGCUGUGCGAUGCGCGGCCAGUGCGGUAAGAAGAGCUUCUUCGGCAAACAGCUGCCCUGCGUCGACAACGGACUGGCUACUACCCCCGACCCGGAAUUUGCCAAGGAAAUUGAGGCCGUGUGCGGUCCCAAAUGGAAGGAUAGCAAGGUCUGCUGUAGUACCGAACAGCUCCAAGCACUCAAGUCCGAGCUGUCCACCCCGAACCAGAUCAUCGGCUCCUGUCCCGCCUGCAAAGAGAACUUCUACAACCUGUUCUGUUCCUUCAGCUGCUCGCCCGAUCAAUCGCUGUUCAUCAACGUGACGAAGACAAUCGAGAAGAACGGCAAGACGUUGGUUGCCGAGGUCGACCAGCUGAUUUCCAAAGAAUAUGGCGAGGGCUUCUACGACAGCUGCAAGGAAGUCAAGUUUGGCGCGUCGAACUCUAAGGCUAUCGACUUCAUCGGUGGCGGUGCCAAGAACUACACCCAGCUCCUCAAGUUCCUCGGUGACGAGAAAGUGAUCGGGUCGCCCUUCCAGAUCAACUUCCCCGAGCAAUAUACGGAUCCGGCCAUGGCGCCGAGACAGAUGAGGCCUAAGAAGUGCAACGACGAGGACCCCAACUUUCGAUGUUCCUGUGUCGAUUGUCCUGCCGUGUGUCCGGAGCUUCCCGAGGUACGGCAGGCGGGAUCGUGCCGAGUCGGCGUUCUUCCUUGUCUAUCGUUUGCCUCGAUCUUCACGUAUGGCAUACUGCUCUGUACACUCGUCGUGGCCCUGGCUGGCCAUGUUGCUUGGAUGAAGCAUGUGCAGCGGCGAAGUGAGCGGCGCCACCUGCUGCAUGGCGCCGAACCGAGCGAUGACGAAGACGAGGGCGACUUUAUUAAUGGUACUAUCUACGACCGGCCCCAGAGGGACUACGCGAUCAGCAGCUGGUGCAGCACCGCGUUUAGCAAAUUGGGCCAUUUCUGCGCGAGGUAUCCUGGGAUUACCACCUCUUCUAGCGUCAUACUGGUUCUUCUUCUUUCUACCGGCUGGAUCAGAUUCUACGUCGAGACCGAACCCGAGAGAUUGUGGGUGAGCCCCGAGUCGGCAGCCGCUCAAGAGAAAGCAUUUUUCGAUCAGAACUUCGGUCCCUUCUACCGCGCGCAGAAGGUCUUUUUAGUGAACGACACUAACCCGUUAGGACCCGGCCCGGUCCUCAGUUACGAGACGCUGACGUGGUGGGCCGGAGUAGAGAAGAGCGUUAAGGAGCUGCGGGGCGAGACAUCCCGCGCGAACUUCCAGGAAGUGUGUUUCAAACCGACCGGCUCCGCCUGCGUCGUCCAGUCUCCAACUGUUUACUUCGAUGGCACGAAAGCCUGGAGGUCCUCGUUUCAAGAGUGUGCAGAAUCUCCCGUGGGUUGUCGCCCUGACUUUGGACAGCCGAUAGAGCCAAAUAUGAUCCUAGGUGGUUAUGAUGGCAUCGAGAAUAUCACCGAGGCGCGGGCCAUGACGGUGACAUGGGUGGUCAGCAAUCACCCCAAGGGAAGCGCCGAAUUGGCCCAAGCCAUGGACUGGGAGCGGUCCUUGAAAGACCGGCUCUUAGAGGUCCAGAGCGAAGCGGCAGAUCGUGGCCUACGACUGUCCUUUUCGACCGAAAUCAGCUUGGAGGAGGAACUAAACAAAUCUACAAACACGGACGCGACAAUCAUCGUCAUUAGCUAUCUGGUCAUGUUUUUCUAUGCUUCGCUUGCCCUGGGUUCGACUACCAUGACGAUCCGUGGGCUAGUGAGAAACCCAGCUGUGGCUCUGGUCGAGAGCAAAUUCUCGCUAGGUCUAGCCGGCAUAAUGAUCGUUCUGGCAUCCAUCGUCUCCUCUGUCGGACUCUUCUCCUUCGCGGGGAUAAAGGUCACGCUCAUCAUUGCUGAGGUUAUCCCUUUCAUCGUAUUGGCUGUCGGAGUGGACAACAUCUUCCUCAUCGUCCACGAGUUUGAGCGUGCUAACCGAAGCGACCGGGACGCUGUGGUCGAAAAGAGGAUAGCCAAAGCACUUGGACGGAUCGGCCCAUCCAUUCUCUUUUCGGCCGUUACGGAAACCGUCUCUUUUGCUCUCGGGGCAUUCGUCGGUAUGCCGGCUGUCCGGAACUUCGCGAUAUAUGCCGCGGGUGCGGUAUUCAUCAACGCGCUCCUCCAGAUGACUCUGUUUAUUUCUAUCUUGUCCUAUAACCAACAGCGGAUCGAAAACUUCAGGGCAGACUGCUUCCCUUGUAUCCAGGUCAAGGCAGCUCGCAUCUAUCUGCAAGAUAGUGCCAGCAUUGGCGCCCCUCGCACAUUCGACGAACCGGAUGAAUCAUUGCUAGAGCAGUUCAUCCGGAAACGCUACGCACCAACCAUAUUGGGUAAGAAAGUGAAGGUUCUUAUCGUCACCGUUUUCUUCGGUUUCCUCGCUGCCGGUGUGGCCUUGAUUCCGUAUGUGAAACUGGGUCUAGACCAGCGAGUCGCUCUACCCGACGAUUCCUAUCUCAUCGACUAUUUCAACGACGUGUACAGCUACUUGGAUACCGGCCCACCUGUGUACUUUGUUACCAAGAACCUGGAUGCAACGCAGCGCACGAACCAGAGACACCUCUGCUCCCGCUUUACGACCUGCGAGCAAUUCUCCCUCACGAAUAUACUCGAACAAGAGCGAAAGCGGCCCGAUGUUUCUUACAUAUCUUCACCGACCGCCAGCUGGAUUGACGAUUUCCUCCUCUGGCUAAAUCCGGAUUUCGAGAGCUGCUGCAAGGAAGACGGUAAAGUCUGCUUCACUGGUCGGGACCCCUUAUGGAACAUCACCUUGGCUGGUAUGCCGGAAGGUGACGAGUUCGUUCACUACUUGCAGAAAUUCCUGCAGUCUCCAACUACCGAGGAGUGUCCUCUGGCCGGUCAAGCUUCGUAUAGCCAGGCUGUCGUCUUGGACGCCGAGAACGUCGAUGUUUCCGCCAGCCAUUUCCGGACUAUGCACAAACCCUUGCGCAGCCAGGACGACUUCAUCAAUGCCUACGCGUCGGCCCGCCGCAUUGCCAACGAUAUCACAGCCAACACGGGGGUCGAGGUAUUCCCGUACAGCGUCUUCUACGUUUUCUUUGACCAGUACGCGAACAUUGUCAACCUCACCGGCGCGCUCCUUGGCUCGGCAGUGGCCCUCGUCUUCGUGGUCUCGUCUAUUCUUCUUGGCUCUGUCGUCACCGCCCUCAUCGUCACCCUGACCGUGACCAUGACCGUUGUGGAUAUAAUCGGUGCGAUGGCAGUGUUUGGUGUGUCGCUCAAUGCCGUUUCGUUGGUAAACCUAAUCAUCUGCGUCGGUAUCGCCGUCGAAUUCUGCGCUCAUAUCGCGCGGGCAUUCAUGUUCCCUUCGGAGUUGGUUAUGGAGGGGGCUAAGAAUCGCUUCCGCGGCCGGGAUGCCAGGGCUUGGACGGCACUCGUGAAUGUUGGCGGAUCGGUCUUUAGCGGCAUCACCGUCACUAAGCUGCUCGGCGUCUGCGUCUUGGCCUUCACCCGGUCCAAGAUCUUCGAAAUCUACUACUUCCGUGUGUGGCUAGCGCUGGUCAUAUUCGCAGCCACGCAUGCGUUGAUCUUCCUGCCGGUGGCACUAUCGUUGGUUGGUGGAGAAGGAUACGCCGACCCGGAUAGCAAAGGAGGCAUUGUGGAAGAUCUGGUAGCCAGACGAAACCUAGCGACGAUAGACCGGGACUAUUCCGACGACGACGACGACGAGUAGUAAAUAUUCGCAGAGCGGAAGAAAGAAGGACAGAAAACAAGACAGAGCCGCAGCUGUAAGAUAGGAUGGAUCUAUAAACUCGGCAUAUCGUAUCCUCAGACCGGAGGGGGGACUAUCAAAUUUGAUUAAUACUUGGAAGCAGCGUCCUACACAAGUUGAAGACAAUUAAGCGGGUUUACUAUGUAGAAUUAUAUAGGUAACAAGUCAGCCUCCCCACGUCCUUCAAGACGAGAAUGGGUUAAUACGGGUCGACUUGUAUGCCAACUAAUUUGUCUACUUACACUACAACGUCGA